UCUAGCGUUCUGCUCCAGGUAUCAAGUCUACUAACGUCUCCCUUCGAAAAGAGCCAGUUUCCGUGUAGACACCACUUGACCAAGUUCGGAACUGGUUCUUAAAAAAAAAAGUGGUCCUUUCAUUGUGCAAAACAAACAUGCGGAUCUCGUGCGUGGUGAUUGUUCUUUGUGUCGCAUUAGGAUCAAUUAUUCAAGGAUCAUUGGAAAAAAACAACACAUUAAAACUAAAAAAUGAAAAUUUUCCAUCCAAUUUAAAUUUCACUGGAUUUAAAGAACGCCAUCGAAGACUUGUACCCUACAUGACCUAUUAUUUAGUCGGUAAUAAUGUUGAAAAUCAAUCACCAAGAUCUACUAAAUAUGAAAAAAAUCGAGAAAGAAAUAUCCCUCGAAAAUCACAAAUUCGACAAAAUUUAAAUUCACGAGAAAGAAAUUUCUUUGCAAGACAAAAAUUUUCACCUUCUGUACAAUACGAUCCUAAAGAACUUGGUCCAAACAACGCCUAUUUCACUCCCAUACGUUAUGGGAUGAAACUAAACCAAAAGGAUUACUCUUCAUUUACCUACCAAAAUGCAAGGCCAGUUUAUUCCAGACCUACAGUAGAAAAUAUCGUUCCUGAAAAUAAAAUUCUUCUUACAACAGAAACACCAAAAAAAUUACAAAAUCCACCCGAAAGAAAUUAUCUUCCCCUUAAUGUAAUUAAAACAAUUCCCUCAACGGUUGACGAUUAUUAUCUCGAUUAUGAAACUCAUGGUAAACAAUAUGAUUAUGAACAACCAUUUGAAUCUUUUCGCUAUACUGAUAAAAUACAAAUUUUCAAACCUCCAAUAUCAAGACCCAACGAUUUCAAAGUUCCUGUCUCAGAACUUGAUCAUAUUGUGAAAACUUUACAGUUAAGUAAUCAAUUGCCUGAAAUGCUCAACAAGGAUAAUAUCGACAGUAGUAUAAGAACACUUGUCGAAAUUCUCAACAUUCUACAUAAUGCAAGAAGAAGCCAACAAUCUCAAAUUCCAAACCCAGUUAAGCUGAAAUCCAAGCCACCUGAUUAUGGCUUCAAUGAAGACUUGACAAGACCUCAAGUGUUGGAAACUAAUUAUUAUGUUACACCAAACGUCAUUGAUAGACCUCAAGAAAUAUUUCCUGAUAAAAUAACUGAACCGUUACACCCACUGAUGAAUUUUAAAUCCAAACCAAAAAAUCAAAAGAUAAUUCAAUAUUAUGUACCAAAAGAUUUGGAAAUUAAUAAUCAAUACAAAGAAAUUUAUUCACAAUCAAAUGAAAAUGACACUGAAAAUCAAUCAUUUAAUUUACAUUCGGUGAAUACUUUGGAAAAUGAUAGAUUUAAGUAUCCAAUUAGUACUGAGAAACCAACGAAUAAUUAUCCCGUACCUAAUGUGCCUAAAGAUACGCAAAAUAUACCACCGUCCUUAAAGUACGGAGCUACAAGAGGAAAACCACAUGUGGAUUAUCCAGCUUAUUCGACCAUUCCACCCACGAAUUUUAAUUGCAAACAACAGAGAUACAAAGGUUUCUUUGGGGACCCCGCGACAAGAUGUCAGGUUUGGCACUACUGCGAUUUGAACGGUGGGAAAUCAUCAUUUUUAUGUCCAAAUGGAACAAUAUUUAAUCAAGUUGCACUAACAUGUGAUUGGUGGUUUAAUGUAAAAUGUGAAUCAACAACACAACUUUAUGUAUUAAAUGAACGACUUUAUAAAUAUAUUUUACCAAUAAUGCCAAAAUUUCCCGAGGAUUUCACUGGACCGGAAGUUGAUAGAUAUUUAGAGGAGAAAUUCAAAGAAAUUGAAGCAAAAUUACUGGAAAAAAAAUUGAAGAAACAACAAGAAGAAAAAGAUAAGACAGAAGAAAAAAUAAAAAGUGAAAUGUUGACGGAAAAUAAUACUGAAUAAUGUGCCUCUUUUUUUAAAUCAAUUUUUUGUUUUAUGACAAUUUUUUUUAUAGAUAAAAAUAGCUGCCAUUACUGUUUACUACAGGCAAGAAUUUCAAAUUUUUAAAAAUUACUAUAACAAAUUAUACACUGAAAUAAAUAAUUUUACUAAAAUAUUUUAUAAUUUUGUGGAAAAAAAAUGACAAAAAUUUAAAUUUAAAUAGAAAAAAUUUUUAACUUUAGAAUUAAAAUUUUUCUAUUGUUAAAAAAUUAAUUAAAUAAAAUUUUUACCGCAAAAAACGUAAAAUUUUUAAGUAAAAUUAAAAAAAAAAAUUUUAGUGUAUAAUAAAGAAGAUUGCCACACUGGUUUAUCUGGAGUUCUAGUCAUAUUAUUUUAGACAAUAUACGCGUUAUUUAUACAAGACUGCAAUUUAUUUGUCGUUUGUAGCAAUACUUUUUGAAGCAAGUGAAAUUCUAAAAAUUCGAUAAUGGUGGUUCAGAGUAAAUUAAAAUUUAAACGAAAAAAUAAUUUCCAUUUCUCAAUUUUGUACGUGAUAUUUAAGAAAAAAUAAUUUCGAAUUAAAAUUUAUUAAUGUGACUGAACAAGAUUGUCUUGUUCUAUGAGAAUGUAACUUAAUAUUUCUGUAAUUUUUUUUUUAUAAUACUGUUGAAUAAACUUAUUUAUUCCUUUGUAA